AUGCACAUGAAUGUGGCCAUGGAUAAGCAGACGUCGAGGCGUAUCGUUAAAGUGACCAACUAUGCGCUAGUGCAGGUGCUAAAAGCUACGGUGGCGCGCCUGCGCAAGGUUGAUAUGGAACUAGGCGACCUGGAGUUAGCGCUGGAGGACGAGCAGGAGGAGGUCGAGUCCUACAGUGACGACAUUGAUGACUGUCACGAUCGCAUUGAGGACAUUGAUGAGUUCGUCCGCGAGCUGGAGGCCGGUAAUGUGCGCACAGUAAGCGACGUGGCAGCGGCGCUAUUGGAAAUGACUGAAGAACGCAAGGAGGAACAGAAGCUGCUGAUGGUGCUAGACGACGCGCGUGCAAGUCAUGAGCAGCAGUUUGAGCAGUUGCAAAGUCAGUCUGCUGCGCUUAAGAAGGAGCGUAUUUUGCUGGUCAAAACUCGCUAUGAGAUUUGCCGCCUCUUCUGCCGCAAUGGCGUCUUUGAUCUCGUGCGACGGAGGCUAGUAAUGUUCAACCCCAAGCUUCUGUAA